AUGUUAUCAUAUGCAACUGGCCAGUAUCCUCCUAACUCAAUUGCCGUUGGAGAUUUCAACAACCACACUCUACUGGAUGUAGCCAUCGGUCUUUCUCACGUUAACAGUACGGGCGUCUUUCUUGGACAAAGGAACGAAACACUUGCAGCACAAACGAUGUUUCCAACCGGCAGCAGUCCAUGGUCGGUCACCGUUAUGGAUUUCAACAAUGAUUAUCGAUUGGAUAUCGCUGUCAUUAAUGGUAACGAAAACAAUGGGGGUGUCCUUCUUGGAUAUGGCAAUGGAUCAUUUGCAGCACAAACGACAUUUCCAACCGGCAUGAACCCGUGGGUAAUCGCCGUCGGUGAUUUCAACAACGACACUCGACUGGAUAUCGUUAUCAGGGCUACCAAACCUCCUGAUUUGACCAGGAGUCUCCUGGUUUUUUUAAUUUUCCCUGAUUGA